AUGGGCGAGACACCACAGGCAGAGGGCAUUCCACAGCUGACAAGAGCUAAUUUCUGGAGCAACCAGCAGGAGGCACCAGCGAUGUGUUGUGUUCACUCCCAAUCUCCACACUUGAGGGAAUGGAAUAAGGGGGGGAAAUCACAAAAAGAGUGGAGCCAGGACAUAACUGAAAAAUUCAAGAAGAAAAAAAUUAAGCAGACCACUGAUGCACAGGAAGAGGGCGCUUUUGCUGUAUUGUGUGAGCUGCCCUCGGCUGUGGACCCUCUACAGGUUCCAGGCACGAUAGCAGUGGAUGAUGGUGAGUGGAAGGUAAUAACCACUGGGAGCCAGCCCUCACCAGCCCCUACUGCUGAUGUAGAGUUUUUAAAGAAAAUGUCAGACUUUUUGGGGAAAGAUGGAAAAACUUUGGCUGAUAUGCCGGGUCUGUUGGGCCUUAAGCCGAGAGCCCCACAACAGGAGACUGCUCCUUCACCUGAUGAGUGGGUGAAGGCUUUGGGGCAAGCAUUAGGGAAGGUCAUGCCACCCCACCCCGAGUCAAGCCCCUAUCGUAAACUGAGGUUGUUUUCUGGGGGUCCCACCCCAAUACCUGGGGAGGAAGCAUUUGAACCCUGGCUGGAGCACACCACAGAGAUGCUGCAGGAGUGGGCGGUGCCUGAGGCUGAAAAGAGAAGGCGACUAGUAGAGUGUCUCAGGGGGCCAGCUCUAGAUGUGAUUCGCACCCUGAAGCUCGGUAACCCUGGGGUCAAGGUGAGGGACUGCCUAGAGGCCCUGGACCAUGCCUUUGGGAGAACUGAGGGUUCAGAGGAUGUUUAUUGCAAAUUCCUCAAUGCCAGGCAACAAAAGGGAGAGAAGGUUUCUGCCUAUGUCCAAAGAUUGGAGAAAUUAUUACAGAGAGCCAUCAUGAGGGGAGCAGUAGCCGUUGAGCAAAUGGACCGGACUAGAUUGGCUCAGAUUGUGAGAGGAAUUCAAUAUCAGAACCCAAUCCUUCUCCACCUUCGAUUAAGGGAACGGCAAGAUAAUCCACCAAGUUACUCUCGCCUGAUAAAAGAGGUCCGAGAAGAAGAAAAGAGGCAGGCAGCUGGCGAGGUUUGGGAGGUGCAGCAACACCAAGCAACUGGCACUACAUCCACACAGACACCCAAGGCACUAAUGGUGAAUCCUCAAGAGGAACUUACUCAGUGA